CAACAGUGGUGCUUUGACGCAGCAGUAAAACGUAGUCAGUCACUUGUCAACAAGCUGUUUCAGUCUCGUCAACGUCGUUGGGCAUUUGAUUACGAUAUUUAUCAUUUCAUUCGUCUCGCAUUAUGUCGAUCGAUAGUGUAUUUCGUACUCGUUCACUGGGUGUAGCAGCGCAGGGUAUUCCUGACCAGUACGCUGACGGGAAAGCAGCGAAAGUGUGGGAGCUAUACGUAGGUAGUAAGUCUGAAAGAACCGAAUCGUACAAGUCGUGGAUUUGCAAUUUAUUACGAGAAAAAGGUUGUAAGAAGAUCCUAGAUGUGGCAUGCGGAACAGGUGUGGAUUCAGUGAUGUUGUUAGAAGAGGGUUUUAGCGUGACUAGUGUUGAUGCUUCUGAUAAAAUGCUGAAAUAUGCUUUGAAAGAAAGAUGGCACAGAAGAAAGGAGGCGGCGUUUGAUGAAUGGGUGAUUGAAGAAGCUAACUGGUUGACUUUGGCUGAAGAUUUGGAGGAGCUCCACAUUGGUGACUUUGAUGCCGUCAUCUGUCUUGGUAACUCCUUCCCCCAUUUACCAGACUUCGAGGGAAAUCUUUCAAAUCAAAAACUGGCUUUUAAGAAUUUUGAGCACAUGGUGAAGCCAGGUGGUAUUAUGGUCAUUGAUCAUCGUAAUUAUGAUGCCAUUCUGGAUAAGGGAAGUGUACCACAAGGCAAGAACAUAUAUUACAAGGGAACCUGUACAAAAGAUAUCAAGACAUCGGUAUUAUAUGUGAAUGGAAGACCACAUAUGAUAACAUUGGAUUACACUAUAGAUACAGAAAAAGCAAAGAAACUUCUUCAAGACGAAGGCCACCAUAUGAGAACAUUUGUAGAUCUAGAGUCUUACAGCAAAUUUCGUCUAUCCUACUAUCCACAUCGCUUGAAUGCAUUUACGGAGUUGUUGAAAGAAGCUUUUGGCUCUGAUAGCAAACAUGCCGUAUAUGGAGACUUCAAGCCACUCGGUGAUAUUGAAUGUCCUGCUUAUUACGUACACGUUGUGGAGAAACCCUGUUAAAACAGGGCCAACAUCAGAGAACUGGUCCAAAUAACCGUCAGUGUUCAACCCACGAGGUGCUUCCAAGAUUAUUUAUCUACUGUGUGUUGUAAACCAUAUGCUCUAUUAGGACACAUGAAUCAAUCAAACUCUGUAGAGCUUCCAAGUGAAUACCGAAUUUAGACGAUCAUUGAUGUUUUAUAACUAAUAAUCAGAGGUGACAAGGACAUUACCCCUAGAUAUUUUUUUUUAGAUUUGCCAAUAUAUACACGCACAUAGCCGAAUUUACUGAUGCAGCCUCACUGGUCUGUCUAGUGCAUGGCAUAAUGCUAGCACAUAGCCCAACAUUGCACCUUUGGACCUAACCAGCAAUAGUCAAAUAAUACAGCUGUAUUGCAAUUAGUGACGGCAACAUUGCUUACAAUGCAUAUGUAUUGUCAGCCAAUUGGCUCUUAACCAUAAGAAAUCAUGAUUUCAAUCAAUUGCAUUGUAAAUCAGUCUGUCUAUAAAUUGAAGAAAUUCGCCAAAAUAGAGUAGUCAUCACAAAUCCUUCCUGCAUUUAAUCAGUAAUCCAUCCAAAUCAGUAGCAUGUGUAAAUAAUUUGUAAGGCAAGGCUAAUUUAAUCACUGGGUUUAAAUUACUAUAGACUACUGAAUUAAAGAUUAUGUACGCUUGUUGGUUCGUUCAAUGGCACACACUUUUUAGAUUUGUGUGCUCCAGUCAAAAAAAUAUUGAUAAACCUUGAGUGAUCAGCAUGAAAGUACUGACUUACUGUAAUUUGCUCUGUGCCUGAAAUAAACAUUAUUCAAUAAA